AUGCGGAUCCGUCGCAAGCCCCUGCAUGGCCUGCCCACGGCCAACGUCCGCAUCUCUCGUGGCGACCUGCGGCGCGUUCUGCUCGACGCCGCCGUGGCCGAUGCUGACGACGCCUGGCAACAUAGCCACGUGCGGUGGGGGUCGCAAUGCCAAUGCUUUACGAGACUCGACGACGGUCGGCUGAGGGUCAUCGUCGGCCGUAGGAGGUCGUCGGCCGUUCAACCCCGACAGAUGGCCGGGAAGGGCGAGCUCAACCGUGACGAUGGCGAUGAGAGUCAGAGGCGGGUGUCAGAGGAUCGAGUUUGCGACUUGCUAGUGGCUGCCGACGGGGCCCACAGCAAACUGCGUCCCUUUGUUCGCCCCGGGGACAAGCUGGAGUAUGUCGGCGCUGUCCUGCGCGGCGGCCUGUCGCUAUUCGAAGAGGGCAGCGUGCCGAGUCCCCCGGGCCGCGACUGGGGCUUCGUGGUGUCCGACGGCGGUGUCUCGUGCUUCGUGUCGCCCGUCGAUAGCCGAACCGUCUUCUGGGCCGUGGGCAACCUCGAACGUGACCCGGUGUUGGAGCUCAGGAGUGGGUCGAACCGAGACGACGAGGCAGAAGCAGCCGCGCCGGCGGCCGUCAUCGGGCGCGUCAGAGAGCUCGGCGCCGUCUUUGGAGAGCGCUUUGCGACGCUUACGGCGCGGACGGAGCCCAAGACGGUGUUUUGCACCAACGCGCGCGACAAGCGGCCCUUUGCGCACGACGACAUCUUGGCCCGGGGCUGGCCCGUUUUGUUCAUCGGCGACAGCAACCACGCGCUGAGCCCGUUUGCCGGCUUCGGGGCCAACCUGGCGCUGGCCGACGGGUGGGACCUAGCCGAGCAGCUGUGCCGGGCCAAGGGCGGGUCGCUGGCGGAGGCGGUGGCGGCCUAUGAUGCCUUGAGCGGGCCCCGGGCGAACAGGGUGCUGGCUGCGUCGCGGCGGACGAUGCGGGCGGCACACGGGGCGGGGUGGUGGGCAUGGCUCUACUGGGUUGUGCUCGUGGCCGGGCGGUGCGCUGCAUGGAUCGGGGGGAUGGUCAUGGGGGCGGCUUCUGCGGUGGCUUGCUGGCGGAGCGGAGGGGCGCCCGGGGCGGGGGCCCGUGCUCGGGCCGGGGCGCGGGCCGGGGGCGCGGGAUGA